GGAAAGGGUCGUUGGGGAUAGAGGCACGGGGGAAGGGGCAGCGGAGGGUAGGGUUGGAGCGAGGUACUGGUAUAGGCGGUGAGGUUGCUUGAGGAGGGGGAGGAGGAAGGCGGGAGGUCAGCAGGAAAGACAAGGGGAAAUGCCAUGCUGUGAAUGAUCGGGAGGUAGGUAGGGGUGGGGUGUAUCAAUAACAAGCAAUGCCGUAGGGCCACGAGAGAGGAAAGCGAGAACGGCUUAGCAGAACGCAAGCAGCAGCAGCAGCAGGGGCAACAGGAGUGGGGCUGCAUGGAACGAAAGAGAUGGAGGCUACCGUAUGUGGCAGUCACCAGCAGCGUUUCACUCGCUUCCAAGCAAGGAGAAUACGUACGUGCGCACAUGGAAGCAGCAGGCAAGCACGCCCGCUUAUUCAUCUUCUACUAAAGUGGUUUCCGAUGGCUCUAAGAAGAGGACUUGUCCUUGUGGGAUGUGUACGGUAGUGGUGUGGCUGUUUGAGUAUCUGUGUGGUGCUACGCUGACACUGGGGUUGUGUGUGGAGGGGUGCGCUGCAUGCAUGUGGUCUAUAUCUAGCGGUCCACCUGCUGCUGCUGCUGCCGCUGCUGUGGUCCUUGCUUGGCACGUGGAUGUUGCAUGCAAGGCUGCGGCGCGCUGCCAGUUAACAGUUGCGGGUUUUGAAACGAACCGGUGUGAACGUUAAGAAGACAGCUGUGUGCUGCGAGGGCUUGUCUAGGACGGAGCGAUCGGGCGGAGGGGCGCGCGGGCGUGGCUCAGUAUAUUCUAAUGGGAAGAGAUAUCUAAUGGGAGCGGUGAUUUAAUGAUUAGGAAGAGCUGCUGCGUGGCGCAGGUAUGGGCAGCCGGCGGCGAAAGGGCGACAGGGUCAUUGUCUGAUGCAUGUAGCGGACGAGGCACGGGUACGGGUACUGCUGAUUGGGUGUGCUAAUGCCAUUGCUGACCGGUACAGCGGAGACGUACCGUGAUUGAUCGCCGGAAAGUGGACGAAUCCGGUGUGCGUGUAUGUGGCUUGGGGUUAACAAUAAAGGUGGCGUAGCCGUGUAGGGCAUUCUGCUUGCGUGCGUGUGUGCCAGGUAGCUGUAUACGUUCAACUAGGCGAUGGCUGUUGUUGGCGUUGUCGCCAUAACUGAUAAAGACUUUGCUCUUCUUAGGGGGUAGCUGCUGCGCCGGGUUUUGCGGCCGCCGGCGAGAGGAAAAAAGGCGGGAAUAAAGGCCGGCGGCCGCCGGAGGAGGUAUAAUCAGCAUGUGAUGAGGAACGAUGAUUGAUUUGGUAUGUGAGUAUGUAAGACAUCUCAAUGCCCCAAAGGUUGUUUGUCGGUGCUUUGUCGGUGUUUUGUUUUGGUUGUCCAGGAAUGAAGGAAUGGUGGCGUGCGGCGCUGCUGUUGGCAACCCGCCCCUGCGGUUGCUGUUUUCGAUGGAUGCCAGGAGACCAGGAUGGAUGACCUUCGAGCGAGUUAAAGUGAGACCAAACGACCCGAACCAGCUGGUAAAGUGGUAAUGGAGAUGUAGGAUAGUGUUUUCCGUUCUUUGAUCGCCACGGGGCCACAAUGACUCGGGACUUACAGCGACCACCCCCCUUCUCAACUUAUCACCCCUUAUUGAGGCGUAAGGUCUUUGACCACCAGUAUUCGGGCAGGGCGGGAUGGGCCGGCUACUACCACGUUUGCACCCCAUGGUGAAUGCACCCCGAGUCCAGG